AUGAAUAAUAACAAGUAUUUCCCUCCAGUUUUUGGAAACCAAGAUUUAAUCAAUUACUUUUUGUCAAUUGAUCCAUGCAAUAGUGGAAGAAAGACAACCAUCUAUGAUGACCCUUCAACUUUAUUUGCUAGAUUUGGACAAAUGAAUUUAACUUCAAAGAUCCCUGAGACCAAUACUCGUGUGGAUCUUACUCCAAAGGAUUUUAUUGGUGCCCAUCAACAAGAAGAUGAAUCUGACGAUGAUUCCAAUGAAGAUGAUGGUGACGAUGAUCUUUCAGGACACUACAACUCUAAAUUAAUGGAAAAGUUCAAGGACCAAUACAUUGACGAUGACUGGUUGAAUGUGACCAAUCAUAAUAGAGGUGUUGUUGACAAGAUACUCAUGAAUGCUGUCAAGGCAAAUAAUGGGUGUUGGGUAUACACCAAAUCAACAAAAAUACAUCGUGAUGUCAUCAAAAUGAAAGACAGUGAAGACUAUGGUAGUAAUAACAACAACAACAAUCUAAAUGUCCUUCAUUCACUCAAAUGUGAGUCAAAUAGAGACCCAAACAAUCCGAAGGACCAUGUAAACUGUUGUCGUCCAAGUCAUCUAAGAUGGGGUACCCAAAAAGAGAAUAAUAUAGAUCGAGUGGCCAGAACACAAAUGGAAAAAAGUCAAGAAUAUAAAGAUCUAGAAGAUCAAUAUUGGAGGGAUCUAACAGGUAUACAUGAACAAUUUAAAAAGAAAGUAUCAAUUGGUGAUAAUAAACAAACAACCAAGACAACAAAAACAACAACAACUACUCCAACUUCAUCGUCAUCAAGAUCAAACAACAACAGCAACCAAUACAAUGAUAUUAAAAAUAAUAAGAAUUGUCAACCAGAACCAGCAAUAUCAAUUAAAUCAGGGUAUAUCAAUUCCAAUGGUAACCAUAAUAACCAUAAUAAUUAUAAUAAUAAUUAUAAUAAUAAUUAUAAUAAUAAUUAUCAACCUGAACCAAGAUACUUAAAUUAUAAUAGUUAUGAAUCUGGAAUUAAUUUCAAACAAGUCAAUAAUUAUAAUAAUAAUAGUAAUAAUUAUAAACAAAAUCAAUUAAGUUAUGGCCAACCAGCAUAUUGUAAUGCCACACAAUUCCAAAAAUUAUCUUUCCAACAAGAAGAAGAAGAUGAUUCAGAUGAUGAUGAUUCCGAUUAUGAUUCCGAUGAUUCAGAUGAUGAUGAUUCAGAUGAUGAUGAUAAAUAUUAUAAACCCUCCUCAAAAACAAGAACAUCAUUAAAAUCAACUACAGCUAAAUAUGUCCAACAAGAAAAGAAAUCCACCACAUCUUCAUCAUCAAGAUCAACAGUAAAAACAGUAACUCAAAAGAAUACAACUAGUAAAAAAUUAUCCAUAUUUAAUGAAACUGAAGCAAAUUGGUUUAAUUCAAUAAAAGGAAAAAGAAGAUAA